CCGCUUGUUGUCGCCCGGCGCCUGAGGAGCCGCGCAGCCGUCGCCGCCGCCUGAGGAGUCCCGGGGUUGUCGUGCGGUCGCUGCCGAGCCGGCGGCGCCAUGUCGAGGCGGGCGGAGGCCCGGUGGGCCGCGUCUAGGAGACGGCCGGCGGUGCCCGCUUACUGUUCCCCCCGGAGCCCGCUCCGCUCGACGGCGCCGCGGGACUGAGCGAGCCGCCGCCGCGGGGGCGCCAGCAGCCGGGGAGACGCGGGCUGUAGGAGUCUUGCAGCAGCUGUUGCACUGAAUCGUGCCAGAGCCAGAAGGGGAGACCAUGAAGCUACUGGAGAACUCAAGCUUUGAAGCAAUAAACUCUCAGCUGACAGUGGAGACGGGAGAUGCUCACAUCAUCGGCAGGAUCGAGAGUUACUCGUGCAAGAUGGCCGGGGAUGACAAGCACAUGUUCAAGCAGUUUUGCCAGGAGGGCCAGCCGCAUGUCCUUGAGGCCCUGUCGCCGCCUCAGACCACAGGGAUCAGCCCCAGCAGGCUCAGUAAGAGUCAGAGUGGGGAUGAGGAAGGGCCCCUGAGUGACAAGUGCAGCCGCAAGACCCUCUUCUAUCUGAUUGCAACGCUCAACGAGUCCUUCCGGCCUGACUACGACUUCAGUGCUGCCAAGAGCCACGAGUUCAGCAGGGAGCCGAGCCUCAACUGGGUGGUGAACGCCGUCAACUGUAGCCUCUUCUCAGCAGUCCGCGAGGACUUCAAUGCCCUGAAGCCUCACCUGUGGGACGCUGUGGACGAAGAGAUUUGCCUCUCUGAAUGCGACAUCUACAGCUACAACCCGGACCUGGACUCGGACCCGUUCGGGGAGGACGGCAGUCUCUGGUCCUUCAACUACUUCUUCUACAACAAGCGCCUGAAGAGGAUCGUCUUCUUCACCUGCCGUUCCAUCAGUGGAUACACGUACACUCACUCGGAGGCUGGGAACGAACUGAAUAUGGACCUCGGCGAGGAUGACCUGGAGGAGAACACGGACGCCAAUGACAAUGAGAGCGGCAGCAUCGAGGAGGAGAGGAUGCAGGUUGCGUGCAUGUGAGUGCCUGGAAGGCCCUGCCGGCGCCCGAGCUUGGGCCAGCCUGGCUCUGUCUGAACUGCCCCACACGCAGCAGCCACAGCAUCGCUCCGCUCAUGCGCCCUGGACCCACCCAUGCCCAGUUUGGGUGCCCGGCAGGGCAGAAGAAGCUGCCAGCUCCCGCCCUUCUGGACGCUUUGUGUGUUGCUCUCACGGACCUGUCGUGGACGCGCUCCCAGACAGCUGUGGGGGCUCUGAAAAGCUUUGACGCACUUUACUGCUGCACUGACCUCCCCCCCACGGGCAGGACUCUCCGCCAGCACUUUCCUUUCCAGCUGCGAUGCAGCAAACUCCGUCCAUCCACAGCACCAGCAGCUGGAGGGAGCAGGGCCCCGCGCUCAGCCUGGGUCGCCUCCUUGAGAAACUGUGGUGCCCUCGCCAUGGACUGCUGUUCAUCUCCUCCCUGGAAGAGAGCCUGUCCACUCGGAGGGGUUUGCCUAGCACCUGCCGCCCCUCCUGGACAGCGUUUGCUCUGACUUGUCUCCCUCGUGGCAUCGGCUCCCUGCACUGGCACCGGGGCAGCCCCCUAAGCAACCCCGCAACAAAGGAUGCAGCCCCCACCGGGGAAGUAGGAUGGGGUGAGGGGAAACCCUUGAGCCCCAAAUCGGGACAGGGAGAGCUUGCAGUGCCGGAUGGGGUCCUGUAGUAAAAAGAGAGUGCACCUGGCUCCGCUUCACAGAUCACUGCUGUGGAAAGCUGAACAGAAGAGCUCUUAGCGUGGUGACCAGGCAGGGGCAGCAGGCAGGCACGCACCCUCAGAGGGGGGUAGGCCAGACCCCAACCUCUCCGCUCCGGCUGGAUUCCUAGGAUCCUCAGUGGGCUGUGCAGUGCGCCCUGCAUCCAGCAUCCCUGGUCCUUCAGGUCGCCCCCUCUCGCCUGGUCUGAAGGCCGCUUGCACUCCUGUUCAGCUUCCAGCCCUGCCAGGCUCUUGAGCAGAGCCAGGAGUGCUCUCCCCUGCUCCGGGACCCGGCCCGGCUCGGCCAACCUCUCUGUCCACACGUGGGUUCAAGGGCUGCCCGUUGCAGCCCCAGGGCCUGGCUCCUUUUUUUUUUUUUUUUUUUAACCACAGAUGACUUUCAGUGCUGGCAGCUCCAGAGCCACCACGGCCAGGCCGGGGCGCACGUGUGGGGAGUGGGAGUCGGCAUUGGCCGUGCAGGCUCCAGAUUCUGUUCUUGUAUUCGGGCAAAGGGCACCCAUGCUGCGAGCACUGUGCUUGCCGCCUCUCGCCCACACCACCUCCCCUCGCUGCAUUUCUCCAUGACCAGCCGGGGGCCUCUGCACCUCUGGCCUGUCCCAGCUGCUGGGCCAGCACCCAUGAAGCUGCAGGCAGGCCUGGCGCAGCAGGAGCUCCAUCUCGCCCUGCUACCAGGGCUGGCAGACACAGGGUGGGUGGAGGAGCCUGCCGUCUGCAGGGAGGCUGGAGCUGAGUCCCGCUGGCCUCCUGCCCCAGGUGCACUUCCAGCCAGCAACCCCCCCAUGCCUUUCCAGUGUGCUGAGCUUGCCCAGCCCUGUGGGAGCAGAUCAUGCCCAGGGCCGCUGGCUGGGAAGCAGCUCCUGGUACGGCCCCAGGGCGACCUGGCAGCUGUCUCCACCCUCCCCCUGUCCUGCUCAGGGUCCUGCCACCUGCGUGCACCACCCCAUCUCCCACACCUGCGUUCCCUGUGCCUCCCCCCUCCAGCACCAGAGUGACCUCCUGCCCCACAGCCAUAGGUGCUGGGGCACGGUGUCCCCCCUCUGGGCAGGCUGGCAGGAGUGGGGGGAAGAUGUGAGCCGUCAGGUCCAAGGUCAUUUCACUGGCAGGGCCCAAGCAAAGCACCGGGGAGCCCAGGUGGGAGGGAGCGCUGUGCUGUGCCCAGAGCGGUGGGCACAGCUGCUGCCAGCGCAGGCAGGCACUGCAGGUGUGGGGCAGCAGCCCCUGCCUGCCUUGUCUGGAGCGUCGCUGCCCCAGGCUCCUGUGUUAAGCCAGGUUUUUCUUCCCCCUUGGGGUUAGUUCUGGCCCCUGUUUCCCAGGCCCUGGCACUCACCGUGGAGCAAGGGCCUGGGCAAUACUUUACAGCUAGGGUGGCCAGAAUCUGGAACCAGCUUCCCAGGGAGGUGGUCCUUGCCCCUCCCUUGGGCAAAUUCAAGAGGAGGUUGGACGAUCACCUGUCUGGGGUCUUGUGAACCCAGCAUUCAUUCCUGCCCGUGGCAGGGGGUCAGGUGAGAUGAUCUGAUCAGGUCCCUCCUGACCCUAGCUAUUAUGAAACUAGCCACAGGGCACCGGCCCAAAGGGGCUGGCCUGGCCUGGCCCGUGCUGUUGGACCCUUGCUGCUCCCAGCCCUGACCUCAGGUACCCACCGGCUGGCAGCGAGGGCCCUCUCCAUCCCCCUGCUCCAGCGAGCGCCAAGGGCUGCAUCCCCCGUGCCUGCUGUGCCAGGCUCUACGUGAGGGCAGGGCAGCUGGUCCCAGGCUCCGCGGCAGGAGAGGCGAUGCCUGGCUCGGGCAGGUGUGGUUCCUGUCUCACCGCCCUGCAGCUGUGGGCCACUGCCACCACGAGCAGGCGGCAGGGUGCUGGGCUGGCCAAACCCCCCGUUAUCCCCUGGGCAAGGGGGCCUGGCUGGCAACCCGCACGGCCGGCCCCUGCCUCGGGCCUGGCACCUGCAGUCCCCUUGCAGCCGCUUGCCUCUGCUCCCAGCUGCAGAGCAAGGGGGCACCGGUGGCGGCAGCACUAGGGCGCAGCCCCCUCCAGCCCUGCCCCGGUGCUGCCCCUCCACUGCAGCGCUGUGCCUGGCUUCCCCGGUUCGCCUCCCGCCGUCCCCGUGUGACUUGGCUGCAGCGCGACGUUUCAUUGCGCCAAUAAAGGUUUUCUGUGAUUAA